GCUGUCUACAAGGCCUGGCUGUGCUCCGAGUAUUUCAAUGUGACACAACAACAGUGCCGACACCGGAUCCCAUGCAAGCAAUACUGCCUGGAGGUGCAGACCAGGUGCCCGUUUGUGUUACCAGACAAUGAUGAGCUGAUCUAUGGAGGCUUGCCUGGCUUCAUCUGCACAGGGCUGCUGGAGAGCCAGCUGCCCGAGGAGGAGGCCAAGUGCUGCGAGGUGCAAUGGGACUCCUGCGACCACCCCCCAGACAGCAGCUCCGACACAUCCCCCAAAUCCACAGCGUCAGAGUCUCUCCAUUACCACCGCCACGACCCCCACCUCCAUCACCAGCGGCAGAACCACUACCACCUCUACCACCACCACCAGUACCACCACUCCCCGUCCUUGCUGCCGGUCUCCGCAGGGUCUCGCCUGGGCAGCAGCAGGAUCCGGCUGUGCGUGCUGGUUCUGAUGCUCCUCCACACCAUGGUGUCUUUCUCGAGUGUGCACAGCGGCGGCGGGGGGCUCAGCCCAGAGGCCCUGCCCUCCUUGGAUGAGAGCAUGGCACGAGAUGAGUGAUCUGGAGGGCAGAGCCGACCUCCGAGAGGAAACGCCAGAUCUUUUUCCACGAAGGGGGGCACAUGCUAUUCCUCCAAUGGGAGGCACGGGAUUGGGGGUGACGCACACAGACACACCCCCACACAUACCCCCAAGAGCUGCUCGCCGCGGGGCAUCCCCGUGAUGAAGAGUCUCUAAUGCGCACAGGGCUGCGGGACUCAGCGGUGAGAAGGGUUCAGUCAGCAGCAGCCAGGCGGCUCAGCUUGGGGCAGGCCGGGAUGGGAAGUAGAGGGGAUGGGACCCCUCAGGGGGUGGCCCCAUGGGUACCACAUGUGCCUUGGGUACCCACCAGCUACGUGCCAGGAGCGUGGAAAUCAGCCUAACUUCCAUUUCUCCUCUGUCUAUAAAGCCCAGUGCCCUGUGGUCCCAAAUGGGUUUGAGGGUAUGGAGACAGCACCUCUCUGCAGACCUUUCUCUUCCCUUCUCAUCCCUGGGGAAAAUCCAGCAAGGCAAGGCAGGCCCUGCACGGCCUGGCCAGGCUCCUUCUGCUGCUGGUGGUGCUGGCAGGGCUGGAGGAUGCUGUCCUAUGGUACUGGUGGGGUUGGUGGGACAGGAGGAUGCUGCACUGCGGUGCUGCUGGGAUUGGUGUUACUUGGCCCAGCACUCCCCGCUUUGCAGCAUGAUGGUUCCAUUUACCAUCUUUUGCUCACUUUCCCCAUGGGAGAGGCUGCUCUCGGGGAGGCGUUAGGGAGACAUGGUGAAGCUGAGGGUGUCUUCAGUUUGCAGUGGGAUCAAGGCUGGUAACAAUUGGAUGAAAGGCUUCAGAGGGCAUCCUUCCAUGCUUCGCGGCCACAAAUCAUCUACUGGAUGGCAGAAGGACUGGGCGAAGGGCUGGAGAAAUCUGGCUGGUAGGGAUGGUCUCCCACACAGAGCUGAGGCGCUAAUAAGGCCCAGCUGGGGAAGGGAGUUCUCCCAAAUGCUUUUUAUCAAUAGUUGCCCCCAGAUCAGAGAAUGCUGAGGAACCCACCCGAAGCAGCAGCACUCACUCAGGCAAGGUGCUGCCUCAGUCAAUGCAGGCUGAGCCAUACCUGGGUCCAGCAUUUCUGAGCGUUCGGUCACAAACAGACACCGGGUCUCUCCCUACCACAAAGCUCCCAGAUUCUUUGUGUACCCACGGGGCUCUGAAGGCAGCACAGAGGAGGUGGGGAAGCAGACUACAGUCAGCUGCAGAGUGCCAUGGUCACAGCUGCUUCUAUCCUUGCCCCUUCAGGUUAGCCCAGGGUUAGGGUUAGGGUGGCCCUGUGGAAGGCAUGCGGAUCGUCCUGCUGCACUGAGACCCAUCCCAGGGCCCCGUGGAGCAGUGGGUAGGUUCAGAGCUGUGAGCAUUUCUGGCUCCUGGUCUGGCGAGGUGAAGCAAAGCCCCGUGCACAGCGCUGCUUCUGACCUGGAGGAGGGCAGCACCAAGAAUCUUACAGGAAAGGCUGCUCCCAACAUUUCCAGCCCAUUCAUAGACCAAAGAGGCUCUGAAAAGCAGCUGAAUGUGUGACUUCUGCUUUGACUUGAACCUCAGAGCUCUGGGGAGAUGUUUACACACCACCAGUUACCUGUUACCAAAGUUCUGAGGAUGCAGAGCCCAUGGGCUUGUUGUGCGCGGACUGUUGGGCAGGAGAGCUCAUGACUGUGGGAGGUGCAAAGAGUUUCCCAAGCAGAUUCUAUUACUGUUGCCACCCAGGAUGGAUAGGUAGAGCUAUUCUUGUUUGAAUAUUCACAGCAGCAUCCCUGUAUUUGCAGUCUGGUUUACACCGAGCUGGGAACUCAGACGUGCAGCAGCUCAGCAAACAGGAGUGGGGCUGCUCAGUUUGCUGCGCUGCAGCACCGUGGCAUUUUGCACGGCUCUGGCGAAUAGCAAAGGCACACAGCGAGAGUGAGGUAGGGAGCACAGCCACAUCCCAUUCCUUCAUAAGGAAAUGAGAUUUUUCAUGUACUGCCAAGAGUGAAGCUGAUUCCAGGCGCCUCUCCCCGACAUAGGCUGCGUCCAAUCUGGGGGGAAGCAUAGCCCCGCGCGGUGCGUCGCAUGGCCCUGACUCAGCUCUGCUCUUUGUCUGCCCACAGCUUGCUGGGGGUGCUGGGCCUCUGUGCCACGGCUACACAGAGUGACAGCAGCAGGGACAGCUCGGGGACACCGCGUUUGGGUGCAGGGAUGGGGAUCCCAGGCAGGGAGCAGCUCAGGGUGCUGCUGCGAGGGGCUGUGGCAUUACCUAGUGUGACUGUGAGGAAAGUGCUGAGUCUUCACAGAGCAGGGCUGUUGGAAGGAGUUCUUUUAUUUAGCAAGUCUGGGCUGCUGUCAAUAAGUUCUGUGGUUUUCGGGCACCAUAUGCUGUAUUCAACACUUUGCCAAUGGCGUUAAACAAAUCCAGACUUGGCUGUUUGUGGAGCGGGACGGAGCAGCUGGGAGCGGUGCGUGGCACAGUCCAUCACUGUAGAACCAGCAGAUAAAAAUCAUCCCUCUGCCCUGACACUGCAACCCUGAUAACCCUCUGCAUCAGCCUUCCCCUUUCUAGAAGAGAGAAGCAGAAAGCAGACUGGACGCAGGCUCAGCUGAUACCCCGUGGUUCCCCAUUGCGCCCUUUGCAGAGCAUCCCUGGGGGAGCACCGCCCCACGCAGCCCAUCCUGCAGGAAUUCAGCCCACGGAGCUUCUCCUUUCCCCUCCACUCACUGAUCUGAUUUCUUCCCCCGGUGCUGGGGGUCGGGAUGGUGCUGCAGGGAGAGGUGGCCACGGCCAUGGCCCGUCUGCUGCGCCAGCUCUCUGCUUUGUGCUUUAAUGUCGCUGCCAGUUGUACAAAUUAAUUAAAAAUAACUGAAGAAAAAAUCCCAAAGAAAGG